CCUGACCGCGUGGAGCUUAUUCUAACUUAGCCUAGGGCAGAGGAAGAGGGCGACCACCAAAUCCGCCGUUCAAGCUCGCCGCCGCCGUCGGCCAUGGCCUUCCAACCUCCACCGGCGGCUGCUCCAACCACCAUAACCGAUCUCGGCGACGACCUGCUCCGCCAAAUCUUCCUCCGCCUCCCGGCCCUCCCGAGCCUCGUCCGCGCCGCCUCCGCCUGCCGUAGAUUCCGUCGCACCGUCUGCUCGUGCCCAUCCUUCCGCCGCAACUUCCGCGCGGUCCACGGGCCGCCUCUGCUCGCCCUCUUCCUCGACACCUUCAUGAAGGCCGUCCCAACCUUCCCUUCCCCACCCCCCUUGCGCCGCCCCGACCGGGACCUCUUCGCCGUCAAUUUCUUCGACGUGUUCCGACCACGUGCCGCCGGCCCUGGGUGGGAGGUAGAUGCUAGCAAUAUCCAAACCAACUGCGGGCACGUCGCCCUCGUCAACGGGAGCACCGGCCAGAGAGCCAUCUACAGCCCCCUCACACAGAGCCUCAAAGUCUACCCCCGGCCGUCGACGCCCGGGAAGAGCAGCAUCCUCCACGGCACGCAACUUGAGUUCCACACGCUCACCGCCGGUGAAGAUGGUCAGAGGCCGUCCCGUGUCGUCUGUGUCCGUCACAGCCACUUAUGGGCGCGGCCGCGUGUCGCCGUCUUCUCAUUGGACACCAUGGAGUGGCAGUUCUUCCCAGAGACCACCAAGACGCUGUUGCACGUGAAUGAGACGGCCAUGGACGCCACGGUGCUGCGCGGGUUCGUCUGCUGGGCACACCGGAGGAAUGAGCACAUUCUCGUGCUCGACGCGGCGACCCUUCGGUUCUCUCUAAUGGACCUGCCAACGUGCUGCGGAUGCGGAUGCACGACACUGAAGCUCGGCGAGACCGAGGACGGGAAGCUUUGCGUAGUAGGUAUAAUGGAGAACGCUUGCGUUGCUUGGUUGUGGGCAGGCAGUGAUGCCGGUGCCGGCGAGGAAUGGACGAAGUACAAGGUGUUCCCAUUGGGCCCGAUUGUUAAGGAAGCCACCAAGUGCUCGGAAGAGGAAGAGGGUCGUAUCCCGGUCGAGGUUGUAGGAGUCGUCGACGGCUUUGUGUACCUUUCUGUCUUCUACAGCAAUGGUUAUGACAAAAAAUAUAGGAUGCUAUUAUCCUUAUGCAUGGAAACCGCGGAAAUGAAAGAGGUGUUAAAGAAUGGAGUUUGGUAUGCUGAGCAUGCCCAUCCCUACAUCAUGGCAUGGCCUCCCUCUCUGGUGGUACAAAUCAAGGAGGAAUCAGAAACUGAAGUGACUGAAGACGGUGUUGCACGCGAUGCUCCUAUGGACAUGCUAAAAUCACCCUCUGUUCUUGCCACUGCAUUGCAAUCAUUCAAAGAAGCUUUGAUGAAUGAUGACGAAGAAAAUUCCGUUGAGAUGGUGGCCUUUGUACUUCCUGUCGAGGAUGAGAAGAGCUCUCUUGUGAGCAAAAUCACUACUUUGGAUGCACAAUUUACGACCCUUAGGGACCUUAUCUUGAGGACAAGUGCAUGACUCAGAGAUCUACAUGACAGGUAGAUGACAUGUGUGCAUGGGAAAACUUUGGAGAGUUUGUGACCACUUUCUAAACUGGACCAGACUAUUAGGAGUGAUCAUGAUGUAAGUUGGUGUUUCAUUUUUUUUCUUUAUUUUCGAUGAUGAUGAUGGAUGUAACCAUCAGUCCAACAUGAAUGAGCUUUUUUUUUUAUCUUUUCAAAGGUUGCUAUCUAUCUUC